GCUUCCAUUCAGACAUCUUGCAUUUUACUAAGUCUGGUCUUGGAGAAUUUCUUCAUUAAAAAUACACUGUGCAUACUCCGCACAGAAACGGGCUUUUGUUCACGUUAGUCGGUUGAAGCCAGAUUAGUUUUCCUCCGCUUUAACGGAUGUGAGGCGGUUGGACCGAGCCUCGCGUGCCAAUCCCGCGGACUAUAGACGGUCUCUCACGGGGGCUCUGUAGCCGUAUUGUGCGUCAUCUCCAUCGCUGCAGUUUUGUUAUUUUUUUUUCCACUGAGGAAACAUGGCAACUCCCGCCGCGGUCAACCCGUCCGAGAUGGGCAGUGAGUUACCGGGGACAGUGGCGAUGCCGGGGGCAGUGGGAGCCGGUCAGGUGAGGAUGGGAGGAGCUGUACCAGGCCGUGGGGGCAAGAGGAGAUCAGGAGGAAUGGACUUUGACGAUGAAGACGGCGAGGGACCUAGCAAAUUUUCAAGGUAUGAUGAUGAUCAGAUUCCUGGUGGGGAUAAGGAGAGAUUUGCCAGAGAGAACCACAGUGAGAUUGAGCGACGCCGGCGCAACAAAAUGACCCAGUACAUCACUGAGCUGUCAGACAUGGUCCCCACCUGCAGCGCCCUGGCCAGAAAACCUGACAAACUGACCAUCCUGCGUAUGGCUGUCUCCCAUAUGAAGUCCAUGAGGGGCACGGGCAACACGUCCACCGAUGGGGCCUAUAAGCCCUCCUUUCUCACUGAGCAGGAGCUGAAGCAUCUGAUCCUGGAGGCAGCGGACGGCUUCCUGUUUGUGGUUGCUGCAGAGACGGGGCGGGUGAUCUACGUGUCUGACUCGGUGACGCCAGUGUUAAACCAUCCCCAGUCCGAGUGGUUUGGCAGCACUCUGUAUGAACAAGUCCACCCUGACGAUGUGGACAAACUGAGGGAACAGCUCAGUACUUCAGAGAACUCCAUGACAGGACGGAUUCUGGACCUGAAGACAGGAACAGUGAAGAAGGAGGGACAGCAGUCCUCCAUGAGGAUGUGCAUGGGCUCCCGACGCUCUUUCAUCUGCCGCAUGAGGUGCGGAAGCGCUCCUCUGGAUCACAUCUCGCUAAACCGUCUGUCGAACAUGAGGAAGAGAUACAGGAAUGGUCUUGGACCCUCUAAAGAAGGAGAGGCUCAGUACUCUGUGGUGCAUUGCACAGGCUACAUCAAAGCGUGGCCUCCUGCAGGUAUGACUAUACCAGAAGAAGAAGACACAGAGGCAGGUCAGACUGGAAAGUACUGCCUGGUGGCCAUUGGCAGACUGCAGGUGACCAGCUCUCCAGUCUCCAUGGACAUGAACGGCCUGUCUGUGCCCACAGAGUUCCUGUCACGUCACAACUCGGAUGGUGUCAUCACGUUCGUCGACCCGCGCUGCAUCAACGUCAUUGGUUAUCAGCCUCAGGACUUGCUGGGGAAAGAUAUUCUGGAGUUCUGCCAUCCUGAGGACCAAAGUCACCUGAGAGAAAGUUUCCAACAGGUGGUGAAAUUGAAGGGUCAGGUUCUGUCUGUGAUGUAUCGUUUUCGAAUGAAGAACAGGGAGUGGAUGCUGAUCCGAACCAGUAGCUUCACCUUCCAGAACCCGUACUCUGAUGAGAUAGAGUACAUCAUCUGCACCAACACCAACGUCAAGCAGCUGCAGCAGCAGCAGCAAGCAGAGCUGGAGGUUCACCAGAGAGAUGGACUGACUGCCUAUGAUCUUUCCCAGGUGCCUGUGGCCAGCGUCAGCAGCGGGGUCCAUGAGGCAGGGAAGAACAUCGACAAGACAGAAGUCCUGUUCUCCCAGGAGAGAGACCCACGCUUUGCUGAGAUGUACACUGGCAUCUCUGGCUCGGGAGACAAGAAGAUGAUGGUCCCCUCCUCUACAGCUGGAGGACAGCAGCUCUACUCACAAAGCUCUCCUUUCCAGCAGGGACACUCUGGCAAAAGCUUCAGUUCCUCUGUGAUCCAUGUCCCCGGUGUGAACGACAUCCAGCCAUCAGGCUCGUCCAAUCAGAAUCUAGCUCAGAUCUCUAGACAGCUCAAUCCGGGCCAGGUGGCAUGGUCAGGCAACCGACCCCCCUUCUCUGGACAGUCCAGUAAAACCCAGUCCAGUCCAUUUGGUAUUGGCUCUGGCCACAGCUACCAGACUGAUCCCGCCUCCUACAGUCCCCUGUCAUCACCAGCCACUUCCUCCCCCAGCGGCAACGCCUACUCAGGACUGACCAACCGCAGCACAGCUUUUGAUGUGUCGGGGGAGAGCAGUCAAAGUGGAGCCCAGUUCCAGGGUCGUCCCAGUGAGGUCUGGUCCCAAUGGCAGAACCAGCAUCACUCCCAGCAGGCAGGGGAACAGCACACACACCCCAACCCCAGCCAGACAGAAGUCUUCCAGGACAUGUUACCCAUGGCUGGAGAUCCCACCCAGGGGACAGCCAACUACAACAUUGAGGACUUUGCUGACCUCGGCAUGUUCCCACCCUUCUCUGAGUAAUAUGGAGGAGGCUUCUCCAUCCCUCUCAGAACUGGACUGAUGUUUGCAUCCACCUGUCAUGUUGUCUCAUUUCUCUGCAUUGCUGGAUCACCAACACACAGCUGAGCGCAGCACGGUGAAUUUCUGGGUGCACUUGUCAUUCACACACAUACAAACACACAGUUCACUAAUGUUUGGGCUCCAAGGCCCCGCCGUCUGUAUCUGUGAUCAUACACAUACCUCGUCUUUGGAAAGAGGAGCCCUGCUGUCAGAUUGGAGGCGCAUCACUCACCCUGUAUCAGCUCUUUGAUAAGCGUUGCCUCAAGCUGUCUGAACGGUGUGUGUGUGUGUGUGUGCAGUGUGUGACGUUCAGGUGGCUGUGCAGCGACCUGCAGUCAGCAUCGGUAUGACCAGAGGAGGUUAGAGCUGUGUUUGUCUGAGCCUAGUGUCAGUGUUAUUAUCCAAGACCUUACACAGAGAGUCUUCAAAUGGCAUCGUUUUUUUGUCAGAGUUUAUGUCUGCAAGCAGGGUUCCCAUGGUCAUGGAAAACCUGGAGAAGUCAUGGAAUUUCAGAAUCAUGUUUUCC